GCGCGCCACUCCUAAAACCCUGAAUCUAAAACCCUUCAAUCGUUUUGCUCUCAAAUUCCAUGUCGCAGUUCAACGUCGCAACCACCAGACUCCUCUCCCUCCUACCCAACUGCUCCUCCGCGGCUCACAUCGCCCAAAUCCAAGCCCACCUCAUCACCCAAAACCUGCACUCCAUCACCACCGUCGCCUCCGCCUUCAUCUCCGCCUCUAAAACCCUUAACCUCCUCCACUUAGCCCACCUCCACAUCCUCACCCAGCUCCCAACCCCCCAUGUCUUCACCUGCAACUCCCUCAUCAGAGCCUUCUCUCACUCCCACAUCCCCCACAUCCCUCUCUCCAUCUACACCCACAUGACCAGAACCUCCAUUGCCCCCAACAACUACACCUUCCCUAUUCUCUUCAAGUCCUUGGCCGACUUCCGGGACCUCAGACAAGGCCAAUGCCUGCAUACCCAUGUCGUCAAAUUGGGGCAGUGGAGUGAUAUAUAUGUCUUAAACUCUGCUUUGGAUUUGUAUGCUUCGUGUGGCAGGAUGGACCUGUGUCGAAAGGUGUUUGAUGAAAUGCCUGUGAGAGAUGUUGUGUCAUGGACCGGGUUGAUUAAGGGGUAUAGGAGAUUGGGGAAGUAUGACGAUGCGUUGAUUGCUUUUGAGCAGAUGCAGUAUGCUGGUGUGGCGCCGAAUGCUGUGACGAUGGUGAAUGCUUUGGCUGCGUGUGCGAGCUUUGGGGCGCUGGAGAUGGGGGUGUGGAUUCAUGAGUGUAUAAGGAGGGAGGGGUGGGAGUUGGAUGUGAAAUUGGGGACUGCGUUGAUUGAUAUGUACGGAACAUGUGGGAGAAUUGAGGAGGCUUUGGUUGUUUUCGAUGGGAUGGAAGAGAAGAACACAUUUACUUGGAAUGCACUUAUUAAGGGGUUUGCUCUUGCAAAGAGCGGUGAGGAGGCGGUUUGGUGGUUCGGGAGGAUGGAGCAAGAAAGGUUUGGUGCAGACGAGGUGACUUUGGUGCAAGUGCUUUGUGCUUGUAGUCACUCGGGCUUGGUAGAUGUUGGUAGACAGAUUUUUUGUUCCUUGAUCAAUGGGAAGUAUGGAUUUUUGCCUAGCGUUAAGCAUUAUGCUUGUAUGAUCGACCUCUUGGCUCGUGCCGGUUGUCUUGAAGAGGCUGUCAAAUGCUUGAGAGAAAUGUCUUAUCAGCCUACUAAAGCUAUUUUGGGGUCAUUGCUGGCUGCUGGUCAAACUCAUGGGGACUUGCCAUUGAGCGAGUUUGCAGCUGCAAAGCUUGUUGAACUGGAGCCGGGGAAUAGUGCUUACUAUGUCUUGUUGUCGAAUUUAUAUGCCGAGAUGGGAAGAUGGAAUGAUGUUGAGAAAGUGAGGGCGAUGAUGAAAGAGAGAGACCUUAAGAAAGAAUUGGGUUGUAGCUCGACGGAGCGUGAAUUCUGUAACCAAGUUGAUCAACUAGUAGCGCAAUAAGUGGAUUGCAUUUACGAGCAAAUUAAGCAU